GUUUCGUCAGCCUCCAUGUCCCAUAAUCCCUUUCGGCCGGCGUCACCGCGUGUUAUUGCGGAAGUGCCAGUGAAACGCUGUGCUGGUGAUUCUCUGCUCGGACACAGUGACAUUAAUUUUCUGUUUGUUUCAGAGCAGACAUUCUUGACAGGUCUUGUGUUUGUAGGGCCGUCGUUUGCUCGAAUAAACGUCUGUUAUGGCAGCUCUAAAAUUCGCAGGUAUGGACGAUACAGACAGUGAGGACGAGUUGCCCCCCGGAUGGGAGGAGAGGUCUACGAAGGAUGGAUGGGUCUACUAUGCAAGCCACGAUGAGAUGAAGACACAGUGGGAACAUCCGAAGACCGGAAAGAAAAAACGUUGUGCUGGAGAUUUACCGUACGGCUGGGAGCAAGAAACUGACGAAAAAGGACAGAUGAUUUAUGUUGACCACAUAAACAAGCGGACCACCUACUUUGAUCCGCGGCAGGCCUUUACAGUGGAGGACGUGGUGCUGAAGCCAAAACGCUAUGAUGGAAACACUGCAGCUCUUGAGAUCCUGCAGGGCCGUGAUUUCUCCGACAAGGUUGUCCUCAUUACUGGGGGAAACUCUGGCAUUGGCUUGGAGACAGCCAGGUCUUUCGCUCUUCACGGCGCCCAUGUGAUCCUGGCCUGUCGAAACCUGUCCCGGGCCAGCAAGGCCGCCAGCCUCAUUCAGCAGGAGUGGCACAAAGCGCGGGUGGAAGCCAUGAUGUGCGACCUGGCCUCUCUCCGGAGUGUCAGGGAGUUUACGGAGUCUUACAAAGCCAGGAAACUGCCCCUUCACAUCCUGGUGUGUAAUGCGGCAGUGUGCACUCAGCCCUGGAUCCUGACGGAGGACGGCCUGGAGUCCACCUUCCAGAUCUGCCACCUCGGCCACUUCCUGCUCGUCCAGGGCCUGGAGGACGUGCUGCGGCGCUCGGCCCCCGCCCGCGUGGUGGUGGUAACGUCUGAGUCCCACAGGUUCACAGACCUGUUAGACUCCUGUGCCAAAGUGGACUUGGCCCUGCUGUCCCCCCAGAAGAAGGAGUACUGGUCCAUGCUGGCUUACAAUCGAGCCAAACUCUGCAACAUCCUCUUCAGCAACGAGCUCCACCGCCGCCUCUCCCCUCACGGUGUCACCGCCAACGCAGUGCACCCUGGGAACAUGAUGUACACCUCCAUUCACCGGAGCUGGUGGCUGAUGACCUUCCUCUUCUCUCUGGCCAGACCUUUCACCAAGUCCAUGCAACAGGGCGCGGCCACCACGGUGUACUGUGCCGUGGCACCGGAGCUGGAGGGGUUAGGCGGCAUGUACUUCAACAACUGCUUCCGCUGCCUGCCGUCCGCCCAGGCCCAGGACCCGAGCAGCGCCGGCAGCCUUUGGGAACUGAGCGAGCGCCUGGUUGCAGAGAGGUCAGGGGGCAUACAGGCCCUCUGAUGGACGAGCCAAACAGGAACCACAGGUGGAGGUGGGCAGGGGGUGGUGGGGGCGUUACGGGGAUGUCCAGUGUAGUACGAACUGAAUGAGUUCUACUCUGACUGCAUAACACAAGGGAGCUGCCAAGUCCAUUUGGAUAUGUAACGUCACUACGGGGGUUAAACACACGACACAUACAGCACAGGAGCGGGUUUCGUAUACACUCUACUGGUUAAAUCAAAGGUUGAGGUAUGUUCAGCUAUGCUGUGGUUGUUUACAAUGGGUGGUGGGGGAGUCAGGGGGAUUUGGGAAGAAUUCAGGGACGAAUUCAGGGAUCUCGUGAAGUUUGUUCUUUCUGUUUGUGUCUGUAGCUUUUGUAACUCUUCACAUGUUCUCCAUUUAAAAGAAGCAAAUGACCUUCCUAGCAAUAAGGGGUUAGCUAUUAUCUGUGUCCGGCCAUAGUGCGCUACAUGGCAAAUAUUAUGUGAUCCCAAUUUUAUUCUGUAUCCUUUUGUCUAUUUCUACGUAGAUUUUUUUUCUAUCGAGAGCUAAUUUCUCUGCUACAUUUCUUGGGGGCAUAGAAGAAAUAAGGAGUAAUGGGCACGUGACACUCAUGGAUCUAUAAACACACCAAGUAUGGUUCUCAUGGCUAUAUACAUUAUUCUGCAAUAAUCUGGUUUCAAUGUCCCUAUUUGUUUUCUUUACAGUAUUUACAAUAUCCUGAUUUCUGAGCAUGUGCUAAAGGGGUGUGGACAUCAUAUUUUUUCUUUUUGCUAUUGAAGACUCAACCUACGUAUUAAUAAUCUAUACUCUGGUUAGUCUAAAUUACAAUUUGGAGGUAUUCCUGGGAAGAUCCGUGUCCAUUUGAACAGCAUAUACAGAUGGUGGAGAAUCUUUUUCCCAGAGUCCUUAAUUUCUGUGUCUGUUCUCUUGUUGUUGGAGUAGAACAAUGUGAGUGAUUUCUGUUUCCUGUUGUUGUUAUUUUAUCAUCAAUGUUUCAAUAUUGAACUCUGGCUUCGGGGGGCUGUGGUUUGGUUGCCCUGAAGCCGAUGUGUGGACGCUUUUGAGACGUUGUGCUUUAUGGCAGUCUUGGUGCCGUAGGUUGCUCUUGAAACAUCAGCAUUCCAGUACCAUGAUAUCUGUAAGGAACAAAACAAGAAAGAACAUUUAAUACAAAUCUGUACCAAUCAUUUGUGUGUGUGUGUGUGAAAUCAUUUGAGACACAAGUCCAUUCAUUUAGAGGCCAUUAGGGGGAGAUAUUUAUAUAUUUGUGUAGGGAGCACUGGAAUAUAUAUUGUAUGUGUAAAAAGCAUCAGCAUUGAGCAAUGUUUUUAAAGAAUAAAAUACUAUGCUUUCUAUGCUAUGUUCAUAUUCUUUAUGUUCAAUCAAUACGUUAAGUACCAGCUGCCCCACAGAUGACCUGCAUAGUUUCACUAAUAAAAGCUAGAAAAGCA